UAGACUUUUGGCUGAAACUUGGAUACGUGAAGGAGGAGAGAAUAGAAGAGGAGGAGAAAUGGAAGAUGCUGGUAGAAACGAUCUAACGCGGCGGCAGUUCUGGAGAAAUCCUUCGCUAUCUAUUUCCAAUUCACAGCGGAAUGUUCCCGACGGCCCGCAAAUCGGUGGGCCCUACCGCCACUUGGGCCCGCCUCUCAGCACGGAGCCCGGCCGCCGGCCCGGCAUUCCCCGGGCCUCCCACUUCUCCCCUUUCCCGCCCUCCGCCGCUCGCUCGCCGCCGUCCCUCGCCGCCGGCGGCCCUUUCCACCACUCGCGGUCUCUCUCUCAGCCGGCCUUCUUCUCUCUCGACUCCCUGUCUCCGCUGAGCCAUCCGCCGUGCCGGGACUCCACGCCGACAGCCUCGCACUCCGACUUGGUGUCCGCCGACGUCUCCAUGGAGGACCACGAUGCCAGCUCCCGCUCCCCACCGCUCCCCCCGAAGGCCGGCCGCGCUGCCCGGGCGGUAGCUGCCGGGGAUGGCCUCCCUCCCCCCAAGGCCCGCCGCCACUCGCAGAGCGAGAUCCCCUUCGCGUUCUUCCAGUCUUCAUCCUCACUGGCGACCUCUCCUCUGCUGCCACCGGCGUCGGCGGCGGCGCCGCAGCUAGUGAAGCUGGAGCACGAUUGGGAUUGGUGCACGAAUGCCAAGGGAGCCGGUGACAAGAAACUAGAAGGAGAUUCAGGCGACGAUUUGUUCAACGCUUAUUUGGAUUUGGAUAGCUUGGAUACACUGGAUUCUUCCGAGGACAAGCGCGAGGAUUUGAAUAGCAGGGCUAGUGGAACCAAGACGAAUGGCGAUAGCAGUGAGAACGAAGCUGAGAGCAGUGUGAAUGAAGGUGGUGGUCGCGGAGUCAAAUUCCCGCCACAUCAUAGCCCGUUGGUGGAGACGACGGAAGGGACCAAGCACAGUGCGGCGGGCGACCCCGGCCACAUUGGAACCAGCAAUCGGCAUUGCAUGAGACUUUCGAUGGAUGGUUCCAUCGGCAGGUUGAACUUUGGGGAGGACUCGCCGAAGCUGCCACCUUCCCCGGGAUUCCUGACGGCUCAAACCGGCAACUUAAAAGAUGGGGCAUCGAACGUGUUUAGCUUGGAGUUUGGAAAUGGGGAGUUUAGUCCAGCUGAGAUGAAGAAGAUCGCGGCGAAUGAAAAGCUUGCUGAGAUGGCAUUGAUGGAUCCGAAGCGCGUCAAGAGGAUUCUGGCAAACCGGCAGUCAGCGGCGCGUUCCAAGGAACGCAAGUUCAAGUAUAUCGCAGAAUUGGAGCACAAGGUGCAGAUCUUGAAAACUGAGGCAACCACGUUAUCCGCACAGCUGACUUUGUUACAGAAUGACUCUGCUGGACUUACAAGUCAGAACAAUGAGUUGAAGUUUCGGCUUCAAGCCAUGGAGCAACAGGCACAAUUAAGAGAUGCUUUGAACGAGGCACUGACUGCGGAAGUUCGGCGACUGAAACUUGCUACUGGAGAGCUGGUUGAUGGUUGUGCAUCGAACAACUUGAAUCAGCAACUUUCAAUCAACCGUCACAUGUUUCAGCUGCGGGGGCAGCAGCAGCAGCAGCAACCUGCACAGCUCCCUCUCUACCAAUUGCAGCUGCAGCAGAAGCAGAACAGCAGUGCUGGCAAGAAUCAUGAAUCAGACAACUUGAAGGCAUUAUAAGGCAGAACUUAAUGAAAGUAUCAUCCAAGCAUUUAUUCCACCAUUUUAGGUAAAUGAAGUGAAAUUUGAUCAUUUGUUAAUCUGAUUUCUUGGGAGGAGGUCAUAUGCAGAUUAUCCCGUUUAUAUUUUUUUUUCUUCAGACAUGCCUUUUUUCUGUUUGUUGGAUUUUAAUAUGGAUAUGGGGUAUUGAUUUUUUUUAUAUCUUUUGUAAUUACAACAUUUGCUUUAUAUGUCAUGGAAGAGAGGACUUAGAAAAAAAGAUGUUCUUCUGGAUGAAAUUAUUUUAGUUAUAUAACUGUUUAUCUUUCAACAAAUCUGCAGUAUUCUUUGCAGACUUGUUUUAUUUCUCUUGAGGUGCUUAGCCUGCAUAACUGAAAUCUCUGCUUCAAGCUGUUACAGGAAAUAGCUAAGUUUUAGCUUGUUGUUCAGGUGUAAGAAUUUCCCUGAAUUUGGCCUGUCCCUAAGAAACACUGUA